UCUAUGAGCUAGCCUAACCCAUAGCCAGCUGUGUCAGAGGAAGAGAGAAAUAGGGUGUCAAUUAUUCAGAAACUUAAUCAAACGUUACAAUUCUUUAGUUGUCAUCGAAGUAUUUGAAUAAUGGAUUUAAACAGUAUCCUGUCGCAGCUCGAAACUGACAAUGAAGAGGACAUUGAAAGGCUUUUGCACCAGUACAACGGAGAGAAUAAUCUCACAUUCAACUUUGAUCCAAAAGAGGAGGAUCUACGAAGUAUGCUGUGUCAGGGCCUGCUGACUGUGCUGGGUAGGCAGGUUGGUCCCCGCUGCCAGAGCACCUGCCUGGAGACCCUCCGCAUUCUGUCCCGGGACAAGCAGGUCCUGGGCCCUGUGGGCACCCGGGAGGGCAUGCUGGUCCUGGCCGGGCUUGCUCGGUUGCCGGGGGGAGAAGGGUGUGACAGCCUACAGGAGGAGGUCCAGACAGAGGAGAAUGAGAGGGUGGUGGUGGAGGCCCUCAAGUGCCUGUGUAACGUGGUGUUCAACAGCGCAGCGGCGCAGCAGGUGGGCGCCGACGUGCAGCUGGCACGGGGUCUGUGUGCCCGCCUGCACGCCGCCCGUGCUGGGCGCCACGAGGUGGGCCUGUUCUCCCUGCGCCUGCUCUUCCUGCUCUCAGCACUGCGGCCAGACGUCCGGGGGGGCCUCAGGAGGGAGCUGCGUGCCGUGGGGCUCCUCACAGAGGUGCUGGAGUGUACCCUGGAUGUACGCUGGGUGGGCCCCUACGAGGCGGCCCCUCCGGACCCCCAGGCCCUGCCCAUCCCUGCUGAAGACAAUGAGAGGGCCAUGGAGGCCCUGAAAGCCCUGUUCAACCUCACGCUGUCUGACACUAGCGACGAGGAUGGUGACCACCAGCUCCGCCUCAUCACUGCCAUCAUGCGCCAUCUAUUGAUGCUAAAGACUCAGACAGAGGACAAAACAGAGGAAGCACACAGCCAUGCAAUCAACUUGCUUAGUAACCUGCCUGUGUCUUGUCUGGAUGUGCUGAUUGACGUGCCCGUCCAGGGGGGCCAGGAGGAGUACAGCGGGAAGAACAUGGACGUUGUGCAGGUGCUACUGGACUUCAUGGAGAAGAGGAUAGACAAGCAGGGCGCCAACUACAAAGAGGGGCUGACCCCAGUUCUCAGCCUGCUGACAGAGGGCUCCAGGUACCACAGGGAGAUCCGCCGAUACAUCAAGACACAGGUGCUGCCCCCUCUGAAAGAGGUCAAGGUCCGGCCGGAGAUCGGGUCCACCGUCAGGAACAAGCUGGUGCGCCUCAUGACCCACGUGGACAUGGGUGUGAAGCAGAGCGCAGCAGAGUUCCUAUUCGUCCUCUGCAAAGAGAACGUGGACAACCUGUUGAAAUACACAGGGUAUGGUAACGCAGCAGGACUCCUGGUGGCUCGAGGCCUGCUGGCAGGGGGGCGAGGAGAGACACAUUAUUCAGACGACGAAGACUCCGACACUGAAGAGUACAAAUCAGCUAAACCUUUCAUCAACCCCAUCACGGGCCAUGUGGAGGAGCCCAUGCCUAACCCCAUAGAGGAGAUGACUGAGGAGCAGAAAGAGUACGAGGCCCAGGAACUAGUCAACAUGUUCGACAAGUUGUCAAGGCAGCAGCUGAUUAGGCCCAUGGGGGUGAGGAGGGAUGGCACACUGGCGCCCCUAGAGGAGGCUCUGAGACAGCCCACGACUGACAGCUGCAGCUCAGACUCAGACUAGAGCCACUACCACCCCAGACCCCAUAUACCUAUAGUAGGCUGUGUCCAACACAGAGGUCCCCACAUACCCCAGUCUGUCUGUCUUCUGUCUGUCAGACUGAUAGGGUCUUGCCCCAUAUGCUGUUCUGUUCUCUAAAGCUGACUUGAGCCUGACUAGAUACAACAAAAAAGAUGACUUAUACCUGACUUGAUACGACACAGGAAAGGACAGGGUUAAGGUCGAGCACAUGCUCCAACCACACCAUUGUUACUACUUAAAUGUUUUUAUUUAUUUGAUGUACCAUUUCUCUGCUCACACCUCUCAAAUUUGAUAGAAUGAAAGAUAGCUCUUAAUCACAUUGUACUGUAUGCUGUAUAGAUGUGAAUCACUGAAAGCAUGGAUGCCGGGGUGGGGUUUGACCAAAUUGUAAUUCAGUUUGGAUAAGAAAUCAUUCCUUAGAUAUAAUUAUGUUGAUUUUGUUCUUUACAUGUUGAAAGUGUCUAUUUAUAAGGAUUCGUUUUUUUUGUAACAUCAAGUGCUACAAUGAUCAGAGCAGUAGCCACUAGUUUUACAUCAAUGUCUGAAGUCAAUGGAGAGAAAUAAUGAGACGCAUGAAGUCAGGCAGUAAUUUAGCCAGCAGUCCGAUAUGUACAGUGAGAGAAAAAAGUAUUUGAUCCCCUGCUGAUUUUGUACGUUUGCCCACUGACAAAGACAUGAUCGGU